GAGAGCUGCAGUGGGUGCUCAGCUGGAUGAGCCUUUAGUCAUGGAAAGAAGGUUCAUAAAGAAGGAGAUGGAAAAGCUCCUGGGAGAUUAUAUUGGCAUCAGACUUCGGGAAAAUGAAUUUGACCCAAAAGGAAGAAGGCAACUCACCUUUCUAGACGAUAUGGCACACUACGACUUGGCCAUCAGUGUCGCUUUGCAAUGGCUGCGCCACUCAGAGGACUUGACUUGGCUGGAGUGGGAGCGAGUGAAAAUGCAGUUCCAUGGCAGACCUAUGUAUCCAAACCGCCGAGAACGAGAAGCCAUGAUUUUAUCAACUUAUGCUGGAAUCUUAAUGAACAGCAUCCCAAUUGAGGAAGUCUUUAGCAUUUAUGGGGCUGACUCUUCUGCCAGUUCUGGUACUACCAAGGCUCCCGGAGUCGCAUCUUUCCGUCUUUCCUUGCAUCCUUCUGCCAUGUUGACAGCAUCCAAGGCCGCAGAACACGCCCGCACGCAGAGUGUCAAGUCAAGAAAGGGGCAACCAGUAAAAAUGCCGCCCACCACUCGACAGGGGAAGCAAAUGCCCUGGGAUGGAAAUCACCAAAAAGGCUUUCAGACACGCAGCUGAAGAGCAAAG